GACCUCAACGCAGAAAUACGAAAGCUUGUCACAGAUCUUCUUAAAAUGGAGAACCCUAACUCAUCAUCUUCUACGGUGGAUUCAACCUCCUCCUCCGUACCUAAACGAUACACUCCACCUAACCAAAGGAACCGUUCUUCAAACCGGAGGAGAUCACGAGGAAGCUUCAGUAGCAACGAGGGCGGCGAGAGAAGUCAGCCUGUUGCUGUUGGUUUUCAGAGGGAAAACUCUGUCACUCCAAAGAUUAUAUCUAUAGAGGGUUGCUCUGACUCUAAGAGUGAAGCUUUUCAGCUUCUCAGUAAUCGUUGGGCAGCUGCAAUGCAUCUCUACAAUGACCCUAGUGUUGAUUUGUCAGAAAGACCAGUGAUGUAUUAUGGUGGGGAUGCGUGGGGUAAACUACCACCUCACUAGGUGAGGCCAAUCUCAAUUUCUUACAUGUGCUUUUAAAACCAAUGAAGGUAUUGGCUUCAGCAAACAAAGCCAUCAUCGGAUUACUACAGAACUGAACUCAGUUGUCGAUUGGCGGGCUGUUCCAAGGUCACCAAGUUGUAACCAUUACAAAAUGAUUACAACGCUUAUGUUACAAUGCUUUAUUCAUUAAUAAUAAAUUCUCAAUUUAUUUCAUUUUCUAA